AUGAGGGUGGCGGAAACGAACGAUACGCUACUACGUAAGGGGCAGCUCACCAAGUCCGAGAUCCGACGCGAGCAGUGCCGGACCAACCAAGCGCGCUACCGCAACAAGCAGCGGAACAAUCAGCUACGGCUGGAGAAUGCCGUGCGUGAACUGCGUCAAGACCUUGAGAACUUGAAGCAAAGGCGCCAAAGCAUCGUGCUCUCGGAGAAGACCAGCCAGAGCCCUUGGACGAUCGUGUCCGAGGUCUUCCGCAUCAUUGAAAGCUCCUUCCGCUCGCCCUGGAGCAUGGCGGACAAGAGCGAAAUGCUCGACGACGUCGACAUGCGGAAGAACCUGAAGUUUCUACACGAUGUGUUCACGUCGGACGUGGCGGCUGGGGAGCUCACCGGUAUUGAUGGUCUGGUGGAGAGAUGGCGUCACUACUCGAUGCACCUCGGGGAUGCGCGUCUUCAGCUCAAGCGAGUGGAAUUCGUGGCUCCUGGCGUUAUGACAGCCUCGGCAAAACUCAGCGUGGUCGCCACGGAGCUCGUAAUGAGACACCUCUUUCCCCAUCUAGUGGAAGUCGAGCCCCAAAGCAAGUACGACCCUCUUCCGAGGUCUGUGCGAAGCCGUCUCCUGGGUCAAUCGCUCAACUGCAGCAUUUCUGUGGACUUCUACUUUGAUGAGGAGAAUGGCCGCGUAGCCCGGUUAGAGCCUAAGAUUGAUUUGCUGCCUGAACUACUUCGGAUUCUUGGAGAUCUGGAGGAUUUGGCGGAGGCGUCGUCUUUCCCAUCGGGGGCAUGA